AUGCCCGCGCUAACAGCGAAGGUUGGACGGGUAUACUUUGCUUGUGUCAUGGAUGCCUCAACAUUAGCAUCUCCUUCCUCUCCCCUCAACAUUACUAAUUCAAAAAAUAGGCAUGAGUGUGGUGCUCAUGCUAUAGUAGAUGAAACUUGUCAUGAUUCUACAUCUGAUGAGGAUAUAGUUGUAAUAAAUAGAGAAGGAGAUCCUAUACUUAUAGAUGUUGAGGCAGCCCUAGCAAGAGGUGCAAGUAUCGAACCGGCAAUAGGAAUGGCAUUUACUGAUGAAGAUGAAGCUUAUGAUUAUUAUAAUAAGUACGCAAAAUUGGUAGGGUUUGGUAUAAGAAAGGGAAGGACAAUAUGGAAACAAGGUGGAAGAAUUAGUUUGAUUUUAGAAUGUUGUAGGCAAGGUUAUCGUAAUGAGAUGUAUGAUGGAAGUGAAAUUGCUUGCCCCCACACAAAAUGUGGAUGUCAACCAAAGAUCCGCAUUAAGAAGAAUGAGAACAAUAGAUGGGUUAUUGCGAAGUUGUAA